GGAGCUCGAACGAGCCGCAACCAAGAACAACGCGUAUCUACAUCCUCCGACCAUCAGUUGGCUGUGCCACACGAGCCCAACCCUCCUCGACCAAACACUCGGCCCGGAGUCUCGACCGUGCAAGGAGAAAUCAGUAUGACAUCGCCUACCGGACCAGUGUUCGCGGCUCUGACCGCGAUGGCCCAACGAGGCGGAGGCGGCGGCGGCGGCGGCGGUGGUGGCGGCUUCGGCGGCUAUGGCGGCUUCAAUAACCAGACAGUAGUGGAUAAGGCCGCGCCCGAAAUCCAUCACAUGAUCGACCCUUAUUGGUACCAGUUCCCACCUAUGAAUCCUCUUUGGUAUGGUAUUCUUGGCUUCGUCAUUGGUUGCCUUGGUUGCGUCUCGGUUAUCGGCAAUGGAAUGGUGGUCUAUAUUUUCGCAAGUACCAAGUCUCUUCGCACUCCCAGCAAUCUUCUGGUCAUCAACCUCGCCUUUUCUGAUUUUUGCAUGAUGUUUACCAUGUCACCGCCUAUGGUAAUCAACUGCUAUUAUGAAACGUGGAUAUUUGGACCAUUGAUGUGCGAAGUUUAUGCAUUGUGUGGCUCCAUAUUCGGUUGCGCCUCCAUAUGGACAAUGUGCAUGAUCGCUUUCGACAGAUACAAUGUAAUCGUCAAGGGUCUGUCGGCUAAGCCAAUGUCUAUCAACGGUGCAUUGCUCCGAAUUCUUGGAAUAUGGCUUAUGGCAUCCAUUUGGACCAUCGCACCUUUGUUUGGCUGGAAUCGUUACGUUCCCGAGGGUAAUUUGACUGCUUGCGGUACUGAUUAUUUCAGCAAAGACUGGCUCUCCAGAUCAUACAUUGUCGUAUAUAGCUUUUUCGUCUACUUCCUUCCGCUCUUACUUAUAAUUUACAGCUACUAUUUCAUUAUCAAAGCUGUGUCUGCACAUGAAAAGAAUAUGCGAGAACAGGCGAAGAAAAUGAAUGUCGCCUCUUUGCGACAAGGAGAUGCGCAGAGUUCAGAGAACAAACUCGCCAAGGUGGCUCUAAUGACAAUCUCCUUAUGGUUCAUGGCUUGGACACCGUAUUUAGUUAUCAAUUGGGCUGGUAUCUUCGAUUUGGCAAAACUCACACCGCUCUUUACGAUCUGGGGAUCGGUAUUCGCUAAAGCCAACGCUGUUUAUAAUCCAAUUGUCUAUGGCAUCAGUCAUCCCAAGUACCGAGCCGCUCUGUUCGCUAGAUUCCCUUCGCUAUCUUGUGCGGAACAACCAGCUCCCGAUGCCGUCUCCACUGUUUCAGGCGUAACAACAGUUGCGGACAACGAUAAAUCAAAUGCAUGAACGGCCAAACAAUUCUUAUAAUUUCAUUUCUAAAAGAGCAAUUAUAAAUGUUAUACGACGAGAGUCCACUCACACGAAUAAUGUGAAAUACUUGAAAUUAAUUUGAUAUUUAAUAUGGAAAUUAGGUUGAUAACGUCAAGAAAUAAUGCAACUUUAUUGAAAUUUUAAAAUGAAAAGGAAAGAGUUACUGCAAUAUUUACGAGUAAGUCAAGAUACCGAAAGAAUUUUUAACUCGUUACUUUUUACAUUGAAAAGGGUAGUGUAGAUUAGAAAGGGUUGUAAAAUAAAGGUAAAUACAUGUAAUUCGACAUGAUUGUAUUUAAAACAAAAAAAAACAAAA